AUGACGCUUCCUAUUCCUGCUUCCUUCCUAUUCUUCCUCUUCCUCCUCCCUAUGCUGUCUGCGGACACCUCGGCAGACCGAGAGGCGCUCCUCUCUUUCAAAGUGGCGAUCUCCGAUGACCCGCUGGGGGCCAUGAACUCCUGGAACGAAUCCACGCCGCUUUGCCGGUGGCGCGGCGUUACAUGCGGCAGCGGGACGGCGCCAUUCCAGGGGAGCUCGCCCGGCUCGCCGCCCUGCGGCAGGUCAACCUCAGCCUCAACUCCCUCUCCGGCGAGAUUCCUUCCGCUCUGGGCAACUGCUCCGGCCUCCUCCACAUCAGCCUCUGGAACAACAAACUCCGUUGGAGGAUCCCUGGCGGCAUCAGCAAUUGCACCAAGCUGGAGACCCUGAGCUUAUCCGAAAAUUACCUUGACGGCGAGAUCCUGCCGGAGCUGGGCUCCUUCCCCAAGCUCCAGUUCCUCGGACUUUACUCCAACAAUCUAAGAGGGCCCAUCCCCUCCACCCUCGCGGACAUCUCCACUCUCACCACUCUCGACCUCUCGAGUAACGGCCUCCGAGGAGGCAUCCCGCCUGAACUGGGGCCCUUCCCCGAGCUCCAAUCCCUCGGACUUUCCUCCAACAAUCUCACCGGGGGCAUCCCUUCCUCCCUCGCGAACAUCUCCACGCUCACCUUACUCGACCUCUCCAAUAACGGGCACGGAGGAAGCAUCCCGCCGGAACUCGGGCACCUCUCAAACCUUACAGUGGUUUUCCUCUUCACCAACGACCUCACCGGUGCAAUACCUCCUCGGCUGGGGAAUCUAUCUAAGCUGACAGACCUCCAUUUCUACGAGAACCUCCUCGUGGGGGAGAUUCCCCCCGAGCUCGGUGGCAUAAAAGACCUAAACUUCCUCGACGUGUAUGUGAACAGAUUAUCGGGCAGGAUUCCCUCCGCCAUCUGGAAUCUCUCAUCUCUCAUUCUGCUACAUGCCGGGUAUAACCAGCUCUCCGGUCCUCUCCCCCGGGACCUUGGAGAAACCCUCCCAAACCUAGCGAACCUCCAUCUCUUUGGGAACCAGUUCGAAGGGGGGCUUCCACCAUCCCUCUCCAACGCCACCGGCCUAGAGGUCGUCGAGGUCUCCCAAAACAGGCUUGGAGGGGUGAUCCCUUUCAAUUUAGGAAAGUUGCAGAGCUUGACAUGGUUGAUACUCUCCGACAACAGCUUCCAAGCCCGGGAAGAAGAGGACUGGAAUUUCAUUACCUCUCUGACAAACUGCAGCAAUUUAACGAAGAUGGGGCUUCAGAACAACAGCCUGGGAGGAGUUCUCCCCGCCGCCGUAGCCAACCUCUCGAGAAAGCUGGACACUCUGCUCAUCGAGAGGAAUCAUAUCGGCGGGAGGAUUCCCGAGGGCCUCGGGAGCCUCGGCGAGCUCAGCAUGCUCCGCAUGGGCCGGAAUCUCCUCACGGGCGAAAUCCCCGCCUCCUUCGGGGAGCUGACAGAUUUAAAGCACCUGACAUUGGAGGACAACAAGCUUUCCGGGGAGAUCCCACCUUCUCCAGGUGGUCUCUCUAACCUGUCAAAGCUCUCCCUGGGGGGGGAACCUGCUGGAGGGGAGGAUUCCCACAGAACUUUGGAGGCCUGA